GAGCGCGGCCUCCCGGGACACCGGCCAUGGAGCCCAGCGAGCGCGCGCGGCCGGUGCCCGUGCCGGCCGGGGUGCCCAGGGUGGACGCCUACGGCUUCGAGCGGCCCGCGGACUUCGACUACGCCGCCUACGAGGACUUCUUCUCCGUCUACCUCGGGGUCCUGGCCCGCCGGGCCAUCAAGUGGGCCAAACUGCUCCAGGGCGGCGGCCGCCUGCAGAGGAGCCUCACCGUGAAGCGCUACAUCCGGAAGGGCGUCCCCUUGGAACUCCGUGCCCGCGUGUGGCUGGGGGUGAGUGGAGCCCAGGCCCAGAUGGAGCAGAACCCCGGCUACUACCACCGGCUGCUGCAGGGAGCGAGAAACAACACCCUGGAGGAGGCCAUCAGGAUAGAUAUGAACAGGACCUUCCCGGACAACAUCCGCUUCCAGAGCAGCGCUGAGCCCUGUCUGCAAAAAAACCUCUUCAAUGUGCUCUCGGCCUACGGGCACCAUGACCCACAAGUGGGUUACUGCCAGGGAAUGAACUUCGUGGCAGGCUACCUGAUCCUCAUCACAAAGAAUGAAGAGGAGGCCUUCUGGCUCCUGGACGCUCUGGUGGGGAGAAUCCUGCCUGAUUACUACAGCCCUGCCAUGCUGGGCCUCAAGACCGACCAGGAGGUGCUGGGCGCCCUUGUGAAGACCAAGCUGCCAGCUGUGGCGGCCCUCAUGGACCGGCAUGGCGUUUCAUGGACCCUGCUGGUGUCCCGCUGGCUCAUCUGCUUGUUCGUGGACGUCCUGCCUGUGGAGACAGUACUUCGGAUCUGGGACUGUCUGUUCAACGAGGGCUCCAAGAUCCUCUUCCGCGUGGCCCUGACCCUCAUCAAAGAGAACCAGGCAUUCCUCCUGGAAGCCUCCAGCGUCCCGGAUGUAUGUGAGCGGUUCCGGCAGAUCACCAAAGGCAACUUUGUGACCGAAUGCCACAGCUUCAUGCAGAAAAUCUUUUCAGAGCCUGGAAGUCUGCCCACACGCACCAUUGCCCGGCUGCGGGACAGCUGCAGGGCCCAGCUGCUGGCCCAGGGCUGACAAGAUGCUCAGGGGCCCCUGGGCGUGACCCUCAGGAGUGUUUACAAUUCCACCCUUUGUGGACUGGCAGCUCGACAGCCUUAACUUCCCGAGAUCAUUUUCCUGGAGAUGGGUUACCCUGAGCUGUGCACCUGUACUCAAUAAAGUCCUCCACAGCCUUCUA